AUGGUUGACAGCCCGCCAAGCGACCCGGCGCGCCUUGUCCCUAGCGUGCGCUCGUCGUUAAUGAAGCGCCAGCACGAAGAAUGCUGGAGCAACUACCUUAGCCACUCGCAGCAAGAAGCGUACGAAGAUGACUGCCAAAGGCUGCUCAGCUCUAUGGAGCGCUCGCACAUCACAAUCACCUUCGCGCCAGAGCAGAGCAAAGACUUCUUCACCAGUCACCGUAUAUGCAAGCUCACCGUCCGCAACCAGCAGAAGGCUAGCUGCAACGUCAAUACGCAAAGCGUGAAUCGCGCCACGAUGGGCAAAUCCCUCGAGAGAGACGCUUGGCGCAUGCCCGUCGCUAGGGGAAAAUUGUGGCUGGGGUUUCAUCACGGGAAAGCCGAAUCUGGUCUAUGUUGUCGAGCCUCAUCAGCUUGCGCCGCCUUCGUAUUCGCCUAG